UCAGUUAUUUGUUUGCUAGGGAGUUAAAAGUUGUGCCACUGUCACCUGAGCUGGCAUCAAGUUACCUGGGUCCAGGUUUCACUUGAAAGGAGGUAAAGCUGAGCCUGUUCCUGGGCCUCCAUCUGCCUGGGGCCUGGGUGAGUCCUGUGGAUGUCUGAGGGGACACCACUGUCUAGGAAAAGGCUGGAUACCUUAAAGUUAGCUGACUUUGGGAGUCAGAACGAGAGUUAGUGUGUCCCUAGAGACAAAGACUGAGGGGUAAGUGUGCUCCUCACUUUGGAGUGAAAAUCAGCAGGUCCCAGAGCCAGGGCUACGGGGAAUGGGGUAAAGGUGGAGUCGGCAGUCCCUCCAGAGAGAGGAACUAGGCUGCAGCUGGGAUCUCCAAGGGGCUGGGGCUGGGACCAAAGUAUUCUCACUGGCUCUAUCCCUAGGCCCCCAACUAUGGCCCUGGACCCUGGACCCCACUCAGAGCCCCUGAAUCAUCCCCCUGGAGCCCCUAGGGAACUGGACAUUGCUGAAUCCACCGUCUGCCCUUCUGAAGAGGAAAGAAUCAGGCCAGAGCAAGCCCAGACACUGGGGCAGGGCUCUUUGGAUCCUUCUGAGCACUUACAGGGUGGGCUGAAGAACACUGAGCCUACAUCUGGUCACCCCAGAUUGCCAACGCCUUCUUCCCAUGAGGACUCCACUGGGGGCAAACACCGUGAGAGCCCUAUCUCUGGCUGGGAGGUAUUGGAGGCUGAGCAGGACCGCCUGCACCUUUGCCUAUUGGGCCUGGGUCUUCGGCUGCAGGACCUAGAGCGAGGCCUGGGGCCCUGGACAUUGGCCCAGAAUGGGAUGGUCCAGCUGCAGACCCUACAGGCAGACCUACGAGGGACAGCUGAGCGAGUAGAUGCACUGCUGGCGUUCAGUGAGGGGCUGGCACAGCGGAGUGAGCCUCAGGCCUGGGCAUCCCUGCAGCAGGUCCUGAGGGCCCUUGGAGCCCACCUAGACAGCAUCUUCUGGCGGUUGUGGCGGCUGCAGGCCCAGCUGGUCAGCUACAGCCUGGUAUUCAAGGAGGCCAACACACUGGACCAGGAUUUGGAGAUUGAGGCGGAAUCAGACUGUCCAGGACCUGGUGGGAUCUGGGGGCCCUGGGAACCCAGUAGCCUCCCCACUCCUGCAGAGUUAGAGUGGGACCCAGCAGGGGACAUUGGGGGCUUCGGGCCCUUGGGACAAAAGACAGCCUGGACACCAGGGGCUCCCUGUGAGCUGUGUGGCCACAGGGGCCCUCAGAGCAGGGGACAAGGCCUUGAGGUGAGAGCAGGACCCCACAACUCUCUCUCUCCACAGGACAUAUUCAUGUUGGGUCUCAGCCACCGGAAACACUUAGUAGGUCACCAAAGACGCUCCCUGCUCCAGAAGUCUCAGGACAAGAAGAGUCAAGCAUCUUCCAAUCUCCAGGAUGUGAUGCUGGAGGUAGAUUCUGGAGCCCCCACUCCUGUAUCCAAGUGGCCCUUGACCUUCUUCCUUCUUCUCUUCCUUCUCUUGGUGGGUUUCACAUUGCUCCUGCCCCAGUCAGGGAGCCCCUGCUGUUCUCCUGCCCGACUGGCCAGGACACCUUACUUGGUGCUCAACUAUGUCAAUGGUCCCCCCCCAAUCUGAGUACACAG